AUGCUGUGGGUGAUCCUAUCAUGGGGUCUUGUCGCAGCAAUCUGCUAUUUUGCCCUAAACCAUCUUGGCUCAUCGAGUGAGGCAAAUCACACUUCAUCCACUUUCGGAUCACUCAAUGUUACUUCAACAGCUUCUGGGUGAGUUUUUGAUUUAAAAUUUGUGUCACAAGGUUUUUAUAAUUUUUUUUGAAGUUCCACCGGAAUAACAUAAUCUUAACUAACAGUGACGAAAAAAUACAAUUAUCUGUGUGCACUUGUCAAAACGACCGACACGGUUGUUCAAACAUUAACCGUUUCUUUUCCCCAUCCAUCACAUUUUCAAGUGGAUUUGCCGCCGCUAAUUUUGCUGAUUUCAGAAAUUCCCAAUCACCAACAACAUCAUCUUCGAUCAAUGAAUGGUCAAACGAAAUUGUCUCGUGGUUGUAUUCAAACUUUCAUAAAGUUCCAGCGCCUCUUGAUGCUUGGAUUAAAUCACUCAAUGAAGCAGCGAAAAAAGUCACCUCACCGGUUUGCGAUUUUUCUUUGAGUUGACUAUUUCAAAAAAUUCAAAAAAAACUUUGCAGACAAAAUGCGAAGUUUUGUUUGAAGGAUUCGGUGAUCAUAGCGAUGUGUUACAACCACCAAAGAUCAGUAAUGUGAGAGUUGAACAUGGCCCAAGAGAUCACUUGGUAAGCAAGAUAUUUGAGUUUGUUGAACGAACAUUUUUGAAAUAUACUAAAAAAAUCGAUAAUGUUUCAAAACGUAAAAAUUGAACGGUGUCAAUUUACGGCAACAUGUGUCUAUUUGUACUUUUUCCUGAAAAUUCGUCAUUUCUUAAAGUUUUCUAUUAUUAGAUAUGCUCUUGAACAGAUAGAGAAAAACAGUCCUCUUGAAAAAUUGUUUUCUAAAACAGCAUACUCGCUCUAUUGCACACACACACACACAUACAACUUUUUAAUCAUUUCGUUUAGACUGUUCGUUCAAAUAUUCAUCUUCCAUGCGUCCGCCUUCGAUUAGUUUCAUCUCAAAGAACCCCAGAAAGAAUGAUUGUUUCAAACUACGAUGCAGCAAUCGUUGAUCUUCACGGAGAAAUCGAAUGUCGUAUUGCUUGUAUUGCUAAUCAACUGUAUUUGAUGGGAUGUUUUAGUGGGCGCCCGGAAAUGGAUAUCGAAUUAGUUAACACUGAUCCAAAUGCUCAAUAUCAAGUAUCAAUUCCAAUGGUUGAAGAAAGUAUUCGAAGAUGUUUGUUAUCUGCUGUCACAAAUAUCAAUCUCUCUGAAGAAUUGCCAGAAGAACGCAACACUUUUGCUGACACUUUCAGUAGAACAAUCUACAAUCCACCAACACAUUCACCAACUACUACAACUCGCAAUUCUUAUAAUGCUUAUGAUGCUAAUUUGAACGUUAAUCCAUAUUCUACGAAUAUUAAUCGUGAUGCUAGCCCAACUCAAGUUCCGGAAAUGUUCAAAAAAUUGAAUGAAUCGCAUUUGAUCAGCCCAAGCUUUAAUUCAAGCGCUGUUCCAAAUAAACUUCGUGUCAAAGUUAUCAAAGCCGCUCGUCUCGGAAAAGAUGUUGUUCAACCUUUUGUUAGUAUUGAAAUGGAUGAGCCAGCUCAAAAAUAUACAACAACAAAAGGUAUCAAUGCUAAUCCAUAUUGGGAAGAAUCAUUUGAUUUGUAGGUUUUUUUUUAUAGAGGAAACAUUUUCAAAUUAAUCAAACUAUUUUUAUUAUAGCGAUUUGACUCCAGCCACUGAAGAAAUAUUGUUUGAAGUUUAUGAGGGAAGUGAUAAAUUACACGUGAAUGAUGAUGAAUGCUUCCUUGGAUUAGCAAUCGUUAACUUUGAUGAGAUUCGCAGAAGUGGAGAAUCACUUCAUAAUUUGAAGCUUCAAGGAAGACCCUACAGAAAGGAUGCGGUUUCUGGAGAAGUUACCACACAAUUCGAUUUUUAUUAUGAUCCAAAUGUUAUCACCACUGGAAAAAUUACUGAUAAAGUCAAGGUGACUAAUCCAAACGGUUCGGAAUUUCGUGAAACUCUCACCACACAUCGUCGCCCAAUUUAUGAUCCUCAUGAUAAUUAUGAUGGUGCGGAACCCAUUCAGCCAUCAAAAACAACAACUGUUGUAGUCAAAACUGUUUCACAAACAUUGAAAGAGAGACCAACAAUUCAAUCAGUUCACGGUUCGAUGGAAAAUGCGAUUGAUCCAGCGACACAGAGAAUGUUGGUUAAUGAAUUGAGAAAUCAUAAUGAUCCAAAACAUCGAGAACUUGAAGCUAAACUUCAAAGUGUUGCUAAAAGUAUGUCUGCGAAUAACACAUUGGAAAGACAAGUUAAGAAUAAUGGAACAACAAGUUAUCACGAGAAAACUUUGCCAAAUGAAUUCCACGAAGAACUUGAUGCUCGUCAAAGCCGAUCAUCAGAUCGCAACAACAAGAAACCACCAUCAGAAAAACGAGAUCGAUCAUUCUUCGGUGAACUCAAAGAUCGACUCAGUGGCAGAAGAGGAAGAUCAGCUAAAAGGUAUUAUUGAUCUUAUUUCAACUAAAAAUUGUUUUUUAUUAUAGAUCAAAAUCAAUGGACUUGGAUAAUCAACACCUUGAAGAAGCAGUUUCUUUACCACCAAGUAGAGAUGUUAGUAAAACACGUUAUGCAGUAAAUCCAGAAGGAACAGAUAGAUAUCGAGAAACUUAUUCAGUUGGGGCAAGAAGUGGCGAAUCGACAAAAAGUUUGUAUCAACACAGUACGCUGAUUUUAGAAAUGGAUCAUGAUAAACAAGCAAAGUGAGUUACAGGAAGAAGUUUUAGCAAUAAAUUAAAAUGUUUAUUAGAAAAAAGCUAUUUUUCAAACAAGUUUUUAAAUUUUUAUUGGGCAUCCCUAGAUAUUUCAAAACUUCAACAAAUGUUCAACUUUCGCCAAUUUCCAAAAAUUUUGAUUUAUAUACUUCUUCCAGAUACUUCCUGAUUCCUCCAGCAAUGUUGACUGAACCAGCAGCUGCACGCCUAAUGAGAAAGGGUAAAAAACUUCACAUUUACAAUGAUCACACAUUUGUUGCUGUAAAAAUCAAAGGGUAAGUAUUAUUCGUUGUUUGUUUAUUUAUUUGUGUUGUCCCGUCGUCAUCUUUAUGUGUUUUUCCCAUUGACCCAUUCUAAUAUUAGUUGCAGCGGCGCCAAUUGCAACGUAUGUCAACAACGAAUCAGAAGCAGCUUUUCUAAACAAGCAUAUCAAUGUAGAGGUUAGUUUAAUUUUGAGUUAAUUAAUUUUAAACAUACUUGUUUCGUUCUAGAUUGUAAAAUGGUGUGCCAUAAAUCAUGCCACUAUAAAACGGAUGCAUUCUGCACACAAAGCACAGUUUCAAAGUUACAAAUGUGAGUUUGAUUUCUAAUUUUUUUGAAUUCUGAAAUCCAUAAAUAUUUUUCAGUGCCAAAGAUGUUGAUUGGGCUCAUUUCUUGAGUCAUUAUCAACUUGAAGAAUUCAUCUCAACCGAAGGACUUUAA